CACUCGUGCAUAUUGACUGUUGAGAAGUUCGUGCGCUCGGUGGCCGGCGCCGUAGCCGCCUCCAUGCAGUUCGAAACGCCGGCGCCGCCUCCGGCCGCUCGGCGCGCCCCCACCUUCCAGGCCAACCCCGCGACCGACGCGAGGCAGCUCCUCGGAGCGCUCCUUCCGCCGCGCCCCGCGCUCUGCCACGUCCUGCAGGCGCACGCUCGCCUCGCCGUCCUCGGCCUCGCCACCGCGCGCGUCCUCCCGCACCUCCUCGCCGCCCUCCCGCGCUUCCUGCCCGGCGCUGCUUCGUGCUCCUCCUACCCGCUCUCCUUGUACCGCCGCUCCGACGACUCCUCCGCCUUCGCGUCCAACCACCUCAUCCGCGUGCUCCCGCACCCGCUCCCGCUCAGCCUCUUCCCGCGCCUCCCGCGCCGCAACCCUCACUCCUUCACCUUCCUCCUCGCCUCGCUCUCCAACCACCUCGACGCCGACCCCACAGAUGGCUCCUCUGCUUCCCGCUUCCUGGGCUCCCACGUGCACGCGCUGGCCGUGAAGGCGGGCGCCGCGGACGACCUCUACGUGCGGAACGCGCUGGUCCACUUCUACGGCGUGUGCGGCGACGUGGGGGCGAUGCGGAGGGUGUUCGACGAGCUGCCGCGCGUGAGGGACGUGGUGACGUGGAAUGCGGUCCUUGCUGGGUACGUGCGAGCGGGUACGGUGGGGCAUGCGCGGGAGGUGUUCGACGGAAUGCCGGUGAAGGAUGAGGUUUCUUGGAGCACGGUGGUGGGCGGGUAUGUGAAGGAAGGGGAGCUGGAGGUGGCGCUGGGAGUGUUUAGGAACAUGGUGGUGCAGGGGGUGAGGGCGAAUGAGGCGGCGGUUGUGACAGCUUUGUCAGCAGCCGCACAGCUGGGGCUGCUUGAGCAGGGGAGGUUUGUGCAUGAGGUGGCCCAGAGAGAAGGAAUGCCAGUGAGUGCAAAUGUAGGUGCUGCGCUGGUGGAUAUGUAUUCCAAGUGUGGAAGCGUGGCAGCAGCGAGGGAAGUUUUUGAUGCCAUGCCGAGAAGAGAUGUGUUUGCGUGGAACUCCAUGAUCUGCGGGCUUGCUGCCCAUGGGUUGGGGCAGGAUGCGGUGGAGCUCUUUGAGCAGUUUGUCAGUGAGGGUUUUUGCCCGACGAAUGUGUCAUUUGUUGGGGUGCUGAAUGCCUGCAGCCGUUCUGGCCUUGUUGAUGAAGGGCGGUGGUAUUUCAGGCUGAUGGCAGAGAAAUAUGGCAUUGAGCCAGAGAUGGAGCAUUACGGAUGUAUAGUUGAUCUUCUGGGUCGUGCCGGUCUUGUUCAAGAUGCCAUUGAAUUGAUUGAAGGGAUGCGCAUCACACCUGACCCAGUGCUCUGGGGCACAAUACUGUCAGCCUGCAAGAGAUAUGGCCUUGUGGACUUGGGCGUAACUGUUGGUAAUAAGCUAAUCGAAUUGGAGCCUGCUCAUGAUGGACACUAUGUCCUCCUUGCAAGUUUAUAUGCGACAGCAAAGAAAUGGGAUGAAGUCAGGAAAGUUAGGAGACUAAUGUCUAGUCGUGGCACCAGCAAGUCAGCUGGCUGGAGCUUGAUGGAGGCACAUGGAAUCGUGCACAAAUUUCUAGUAGGGGACAUGGAUCACAAGGAUUCUGUACGGAUAUAUAACAUGCUUGGCAUGAUUGGCAGAAGGUUGGCUGAGGCAGGGUAUGUACCAGACGUGUCAUCAGUGUUGCAUGACAUUGGGGAUGAAGAGAAGGUGCAUGCCAUCAAGGUGCACAGUGAGCGGCUUGCAAUUGCUUAUGGGUUCAUUGUUGUUGAAGCUGGCAGCCCAAUCCGUAUUGUCAAGAACCUUAGUGUGUGUGGUGAUUGUCAUGAGUUCAGUAAGAUGGUAACAAAGGUUUUUGACAGGGAAAUUAUUGUGAGGGACGGUAGUAGGUUUCAUCAUAUGAAAGAAGGGAAGUGUUCUUGCCUUGACUAUUGACGCCACAUAAGGCCUCUGCUCACGAGCUCAUGGCUUCAGAUUAUAAGAGGCAGCUCAUGAUGAAUUAAGGAAUUUCUGGGGCUUUCUCAUGAAGCAAGAGGCAUCUUCAGCUUAAGACAUCGAAAAAACAGCAUUAUCUUAUGGGAUCUAAUUUCAAUGUAAUAUAAUUUCUUGUGAAAGACAAGAUAACCGUAAAGUAAAAGCAGACAAAGUAGUGAAUAGACUGCAUUGUGGAUCGGGCCUAAGACAAUAUUAAGCAAUCAUUUGUAUUGACUUAUUACUAUCAAUCUGCAUUCACCAAUUUUGAACAAAAUAUCAACUGGUCUGGAUUCCCUCCUUUCGCAAGAAUUAAGACAAAUUUGGUGGCAUCAACAGAUGAACGGCAUAUGCUGGUCAAAUGGUUGUCUAAAGGUUCACUCCUCAAUUCUCGUCUUAUGGCUUGCCUCUCUCAACAAGAUCUUUGUUCAUUCUGUCUCCUUCAAAUGUUCUCAGUUCAGAACCCCAUUUUGUUGUCAGUAGGGCAAGAGCCUCCUGUGAUUUGUUAGGACCAGCUGCACGCACUGAAGAAAUGGAGAAAAUUAGUACAUCAACGAUGUUAGGAUCGACAAGGAAACCUAGAUACGUUCAAAUGUGUGGUAAAAAUAUAUUCAACAAAGCAGGAAUUUUUAUUAUAGGAGCCUGCUGACACAUUGAGCAAGCAAUCUUAUGCUAUUCACUUAUUAAGAAUUCUGUGUUGAAGGUCUUGAUUUGGUUCGAUAAUAAUUUCAAGCAACUGAACUCAAAGACGGAGAAGCUAUUUUUUUUGCAAUGAUUCAAGAACAUGCAGUGUUGCUGGACCAUUUCUAUGGAUACAUGAAUGGAGCAGCUUGAAAACAGUGCAACUUUUACAUGCAUUGAGGGUCAAGAUUCUGGUGUUUUCCCAUCCACAGAUCAUUGACUUGCAUAAAUUGUACCACUUCCCUAGUGAUGAAUGAUAAAGGAAGGGAAUAUUUGCAGGAAAACAAGGAUGAUUUUGAGAUAUGGACAGGCUGUUAGGAAUCAAUUUGAAUCAUGUGUAAAUCAGCUUCAGUCUAUGAAACUGCAUGUUUUGUAGCUGAACUGACUCUGCCUGCAGGUAGAUAGAUAGUGCUCACAUGACCUUUCCAAGAUAUCUGGAGAUGAGCUGCCCAUGUUGACACGUCAACUUUGUAAUCACUAUAAAUAAGUAGCUGUUUGAAUUCGGCCACAGACAGCAUCAUGUACAUAUUUUAAGCAUCCUUGCAGAGAGCUGCGUUUUGGAGUUUGCGUAAAGGUUUUGCAGGUAACUGAACGGUUAGAUGAUAGAAUGGACUAUGUUGUUCAAGGGUUUAGGUCUAAACAAAGGGUUGAAUUUGUGGUCCGACACAUCAAUGAGCUGCAUGCUACCACAUUAGUAAUUUUUCUUCUCAUGCUCUAGUUACCUAUUUGCAAAAUGUAUUGUUUUUCAUUAUCGAAUGUUCAUUUUCAGGUCAGUUUUGGCUGUGGAGCUGGUAGUCUUCUUGAUUCACUGCUAGAGCAUUCAACAGUUCUUGAAAAGUAUGGAUAUUGCUCCAAAAGGCCUCAUAGGAGAAGCAGAGAAUUUACAGCCUCUUCACCAGAAGCUGAUCAAGAAAUCCUUGACACAGACUGUGGUUAACUGAUUCUGAGGUAGCUGAGGUUUCCUCUUGGGUGAGAUUUUUUCUUUUCUUUUGAGAAUUUCUAGAGUAAUUCUCUUUUUCUCUAGCAGUUCUUGUAUAUUUUUAACUGGAGCAUCUGAAAGAGCCUCCAAUUAGUUAGUAUAUAACGAUGAGAGGGACUUCCACCCAUCUCUUCACCCACUUGCUUGUUGCAAUAUUGCUGACCUGCUCUAAAUUCAUCUGGGCAAGGAAUGCAAACUAGCAAAUUGCAAUAUCAAAUUGUUUUCUGUUUUACUGAGCUCCAUGCUUUAUUAGAACAAAAGUUAUUGCCACAUGACAAUAUCAAUGUGACAGUGAAAGAAGUGUGUGGGUUUGCUCCUUUUGACCAUUUGCAUGAUUCUCUUACCAUCUGAAUAGAAUGUUCAGCCAACCAAACCGUCACAUGUGCGCGACUAAUUUCAGGUUCAAUGUGACAGUGAACCAACAGUCAUAUUUGCGGCGAAAAUUACAUUCACGCGUGCAAAGAGGUAAAGUAGCAACCGAACACCCAAACCAGUUGAGACUAGUCUCAUCUGUACAUCUGUUGGUGGCUUAGCUUGCUGUGUCUGGAGAGCAAAUAAAAGUUAGCAGAUACCGUGUAAUGUUGAUUUCGAAAUUCAAAUUUUCUUUUCAGUAUCUUUCCUUUUUUCCUUCUUCCAAAGUCCU